AUGGUAUUUGCCAUAAAGGAGAUCAAUGAAAACCCCAGGCUCUUGCCCAAUGUCACCCUGGGUUUCCAUAUCUAUGACAACCACUUAAAUCCAAGGUGGACCUAUCAUGCCGCCCUGCAACUUCUUUCUUCCUGGAACAGAUUGGCCCCCAACUACAGGUGUGAUAGCCAGGACAACUUGUUUGUGAUUAUUGAAGGGCUUUUUUCUGCAGCUUCUUCCCUGAUACCAAGUGUUUUGGACAUGUACAAGAUUCCUCAGCUCUCGUAUGGCUAUGCUUGGAAAGCUGUGGACAGCAACUGUGAAAAGCUUGUUUCCAUAUACCAAAUGCUCCCAAACGAAGCCCUCCAGUACAAGGGAAUUCUGCACUUACUUCUCCAUUUCAACUGGACAUGGGUUGGAUUCUUUGAUGGAUUUCAUAUGAAUUCAGAAUGGUUCAUGAAGAAUAUGGUUUCUGAAUUUUCCAAGAAUGGCAUCUGUUUUGACUUCAUAGACACCAUCUACACGUUUGGUAUGGAUAAAGAAUUCAGAGAAAAACCACCUAAUUCUGUAUGUACUGAGAGCUGCCGUCCUGGAUACAGGAAGAAAAAGAAGGAGGGGGAGCCAUUCUGUUGUUAUGAUUGUGCUCCAUGUCCAGAAAGAAAGGUAUCUGCUCAGAAAGACAUGGCUGACUGUUUUCAAUGCUCAAAUGACCAUUAUCCAAACAAGGAACAAAAUUUUUGCAUACCUAAAGUUGUAACUUUCUUGUCUUAUGAGGAGCCUCUGGGAAUCAGUUUAGCCUUGGUUACUCUUCUGUUUUCUCUGAUCACAGCUCUCAUCCUAGUACUGUUUACAAAGCACCAUAACACUCCCAUUAUCAAAGCCAACAACAGAAGUCUCACUUACACUCUUCUCUUUUCCCUCGUUCUCAGUUUCCUUUGUGCUUUUCUGUUCAUUGGCCAACCUGAGAAGAUGACCUGUCUCUUCCGCCAAACCACUUUUGCCAUGAUUUUCUCAAUGGCUGUUUCUUCUGUGCUGGCUAAAACUGUCACUGUGGUUCUAGCUUUUUUGGCUACCAUACCAGGAUCCAAGUGGAGGAAGUGGGUAGGGAAAAGAGUGGGCAAAUCCAUUGUUCUUUUUUGCACUCUUAUUCAAGCCGUAAUUUGUAGUCUGUGGUUGGCAGUCUCUCCUCCAUUCUCAGAUGUUGAUAUGCAUUCAUUGACUGAAGAAAUUAUACUGAAUUGCAAUGAGGGCUCAACUAUCAUGUUUUACUGUGUCCUGGGCUACAUGGGCUUCCUGGCCAUUGCCAGCUUCUCUAUGGCUAUCCCAGCUAGAAAGUUACCUGACAUUUUCAAUGAAGCCAAAUUUGUCACCUUCAGUAUGUUGGUCUUUUGCACUGUUUGGCUGUCCUUUGUUCCAACCUACCUGAGCACUAAAGGGAAAUACAUGGUGGUUGUGGAGAUCUUCUCUAUUUUAGCCUCCAGUGCAGGCCUGUUAGGUUUCAUCUUUCUUCCAAAAUGCUACAUUAUUGUUCUUAAACCUGAGCUGAACAACAGGGGCCAUCUUAUAAGGAGAAAACACUGA